GUUGACGUAAAAAAAGCUUGGCGGUUCAAACUAUUUGUAAACAUAUCCAAAAAAUCAAGUAAAACUUUCGAGAUUAUCCAGAUCCCUAAUGAUGGAAAAUCAUCCAAUAUUCAUAGAUAGGGAAGGUAAAAGUAUGCAGUUCGCUCUAAGCCCAUGCGACAUAAAAGAAACUAUUAGAAAGCAGAUUCAAGAAUACGGUGGAAGUAUGGUUGCACCUCAUAAAAUUCAUAAGGGAGUUAUAAAAUUAAGAAAACCUGGACCAUGCGUUUCUCCGGAAGAAGUUUCCGUUCAAUAUAUUACAGAUUGCAUAACAGAUAAAAAGCUAUUAGAUAUUAAAAAGUACAAAUUUGAAAAUAUAAUUGUCGAAACAAAAGAAGAGGAUGAUAUUAGCCUUCCAGACGUUAAAUUAGAGAGUCCACUAGAAGAAAGUGAUAGUCCUAAUAUUAGUCAAUCACGUAGAAAAUCAAAAAUACGUCAACCUUAUACAAAAGAAGAUGAUGAGGCGAUAAUCCAAUGUAUAUUAAAACUGAAAGCAUCAAAAUUGACCGAGCGUUCAGAAGGUAUUAUGAACCCGUUGUUUAAGCGUAACGUCGACGACCUCCUAUCGUCAAAAUUAUGGAGGGCAGCUAUAGGGGAAUUGAUAGCUACUUUUCUAUUAAUAUUUCUUGGUUGUGGAACUGCUUUGUCCGAAAAGCCAGGAAAUCCAAAAGAUGCCCAAUUAGUUAGAGUAAGUUUAUCAUUUGCAAGUUUGGUUGGACUAUUAGUUUGGGUAUUUGGUAAUGUUUCUGGAGCUCACCUAAACCCUGCAAUUACGUUGGCUCAAUUGUUCUCUAGGAGAGUAGGAGCAGUGAGGGCGUUAGUCUACGUUUGUGCUCAGAUGGGAGGAUGCACUUUGGGAGCACUUUGUUUGAAGUUCAUAGUUAGUAAAGAAAGGAGAGAGCAAUUAGGUAUUACUUCCGUUCAACCAGAUAUUGAAAACGCUCAGGCUAUUGGUCUUGAGAUAUGUAUAACCUUUGCUUUGGCUAUAACUGUAUUUGCCGUGACCGAUAAAUCUCGGGAAGACGUUGGUCAUGGUAUGGCACCUUUAGCCGUCUCUUUUGCAAUCUUGACCACUCUACUAAUGGCCAUACCAUUGACUGGAGCCAGCCUUAAUCCAGCUCGUUCUUUUGGACCAAAUGUCGCUCUAGCACAGUCAUCUGCAUGGAAGCAACACUGGAUAUAUUGGAUAGGACCACCAGUCGGUGCAAUUUCAGCAGCAUUCAUCUACGAUUUUAUCCUUGCACCAAACACUUGUUUAAAGAAGAUAUCCAAAUAUUUUACAGAUCCAGAUUAUGACGUACACACAAAUUAUAACGAACAAGGAAUAACUUUUGGAGAUUUCAGAGACCCUCAAUCAAGUCAAGAACAAAAAAUAUACACAGUAUCAUAA